GCUAGCUCUAAAAAGUAAAAACCGAAGAUGCUUCUCAAUUGUUCUUGUUCUUGUUCUCAAGUCUCAACUAAAUUAUGGAUCCUGGAACAGCUUUGGAGCUCGUUAAGCACGGCGUCACUCUUCUCUUCCUUGACGUCCCUCAGUACACUCUACUCGGCAUCGAUACUCAGAUGUUCUCUGUAGGGCCUUCUUUUAAGGGUAUUAAGAUGAUUCCUCCAGGAAUUCAUUUUGUCUACUAUAGUUCUUCAACCAGAGAGGGAAAGGAGUUCUCACCAAUCAUUGGAUUCUUCAUUGACGUUGGCCCUUCAGAGGUAAUUGUUCGAAAAUGGGACAAACAAGAGGAAAGGCUAGUCAAAGUGUCUGAGGAAGAGGAAGAAAGAUAUAUCCAAGCUGUUAAAAAUUUGGAAUUUGACAGGCAACUCGGGCCUUACAAUCUUAGCCAUUAUGAAGAGUGGAAGCAAUUGUCUAAUUUUAUUACAAAAAGUGUAAUAGAACGACUUGAGCCAAUUGGAGGGGAAAUUACUAUUGAAUGUGAAAAUGAUGUGGUAAGAAGCUCAAGUGCUCAAAAAACACCAAUGGAGAAUGCACUAGACAAGCAGCUUAAGGAAAGUAAUUCUGCAACAUCUGUUGGCGAGUCUCAGAGGAAGGGCUGUUACUAUACAUCUAUUCCCCGUGUUGUAAAAUGCAAGGGGAUUAGUGGACAGGACCUUACUUCUUUGAAUCUUGACAAGACACAAUUGUUAGAAACUUUACUGGCGAAAGAAUAUGGAUGUUCUGAAGGCUUGCUUCUUGGAGAACUGCAAUUUGCAUUCAUUGCCUUUCUGAUGGGUCAAUCACUAGAAGCAUUUUUCCAGUGGAAGUCUUUAGUUAGCCUUUUUCUUGGCUGCUCCGAAGCACCUUUCAAGACACGAACUCAACUAUUCACAAAGUUCAUAAGAGUCAUCUAUUAUCAACUGAAGUACGGACUACAGAAAGAUCGCAUUGAUGAAUCAGGACCAUCAUUGUUGGAUGAUUCUUGGCUUUCUGCUGAUAGCUUUUUGCACCGUCUCUGCAAGGAUUUCUUUUCAUUGUUGGAAGAUGGGACAGUCGUAGACGGGGAUCUUUUAUCUUGGGCAAGAAAAUUUAAGGAGCUGUUGGAGAACAAUCUAGGGUGGGAGUUUCAGCAUGGUAGUGCUAUUGACGGAAUGUAUUUUGAAGAGGACGAUGAGUUUGCUCCUCAAGUUGAGAUCAUGGAUGAUGAGGCUUGAGCUGUUUAUUAAAGUGGAUCAUUAACUCUCAGUUUAGAAUACAAUGCAUUUGGAAAUUAAAGCAUGAAGUAUCAUGCUUUUUGUGCCCUAUGGCCAAGUUAUUGUCAUGGUUGAUCCCAUUCUCACAUUGUACAGUUGAACAUAUGUAAAUGCACUUCACCAAACAAUAGAAACUCAGCUUAGAGCUUACAAGAGUUCACGUGCACUUCCAGCUUCCAUUGUGCCUAAAGUCAACGGCACCUAAGGUACAAAGAGAAGAACACAAGAAAAUUAUGGUGCGUUUUUAUUUUCUGUGUUUUCUGUUUUUUGGAUUUUUUAAUGAAAAAAGUGAAAAUGAUAAAAUUUUGUUUUCUGUUUUCACCUCCUAUUUUUAUUUUUUUCUUCACAAAAUUUAAAAAAUAGAAAACAGAAAAUGAAAACGCAAACAAAAUUUUUAAUUUUCCAGAUAAUUUUCUAACCGCCAUAACACAUUUUGCGGAGUUGAAAACCGCUGCAAAUCCAUAGUGAUAUUUUCGUUCGGCAUUUUUAAAUUCCUAAGAUAUUAUAUACGUAUUUAUUAUUCUAUUUAUUUUAAAUUUCUUCAUAUAAUUGUAGAUAAUUUUAAAUUGUUAAUUAUCUUUUGUAUUUCUUUGUAUAUUAUUUAUUCUCAAAUAGUAAUUCACCAAUUAAACCAAUAGCUUGUAAGUUGUGACCUAAUAAUUCAACCGAUUCAAUUAUCAAUUUAAUUCUGAUAACAAUGGCACCAGAAUGUUGAUAAUCAUCACACUUGGUAAAUUAAUCUAAUUCAAUUUGUACUUAAAUUUUGAUUGAUUUAAAUGUAGAAACUUGCAACUAAAAAUCUUCUAAGUUCAUCAUCCUUCCUUCGGGAUUUUGACAUUUUCACACUUUUUAAGAAAAUUACAGACAUGGCUUCAACCAAAAUGGAUGCUUUAAUAUAGAUUGUCCAGGGUUUGUUCAAACAACUCAUGAACAAUAUCUUGGGUCAGUGGUGGUCUGGUGGAUAAAACAUCUGUUUAUGAAGAAGACACAACAGAGAAGGCUUUUUCUAUUACAAAAAUAAUUUUGCCACACUUCAACUUUUUAUUAAUGAUACAAUCCUUUAUAUGGGAGCAAACUUGAGAGAUGUUACUAUGUUUUAUAUUUCUCAGAUAUUUUUAAAGAUUUGUAUAUUUCGCUUAAAUAAAAUU